CCGUUAUCAGCCCCACUGCUGAUUGGCCAAACCGAUAGCUGCCAUGCGGGCGAUAGUCAGCUGUCUUGAGCUUCGUUGUUGUCCACGUCUCCUGCAGUUUUUCUUUCUCUCCCUUAUCCUCGAGUCCAUUUAAGCGUUUGGCUACGUUUGAGCAGGCUUCACAAUACAGUCCUCUUCCGCCCAUUCAUCUCGUUGUUGACCUCGAACUCAUCCACCCUUCCCCGCAAUUGUUCUACCCCGGUAGCUUCCGAAGCUCUAUUCCCCCAGAUUCAAGGCGGCCAGCAAACGAACGCCUCCUUUCUUUAGGCUCAGGUGCUCAAUCCUAACAUCAAGUCUUGCUUGAGAGCAUUUCUUGCCUACAGUACAAGAUGUCAGCCGAAAGCAGCACAGACAAUGUCGUGCUCAAGGAGAUCUUGGAAGGGCUAAAGGCCAUGCGCCUGGAGAACUCUCAGCUAGCAUCUGCGAUCGACAAGAUCAACGGACGCGUGAAUGUACUGGCUGGCGUCAAGCAAGUCAAGGAUGAGGCUGCGACUGAAGCUGCAAACGGCACUCUGAGCAAGGAGAAGGCAAAGGAGGCCGACUCAGCCCAAACCGUAGAAGCUGUUAGCCAGCAGUAUGAGCCUACUUCUCCCAAUGCCGAAGAACCCCCUCGUCGAGCCAGUGUCUCGAAGACUUCAAAGAUCAUCUUGACUUCGUAUCCUGGUCAAUCUGGUGUUGACCCAUUGCCGAUGCAGUGGGGGGCCAAAGACCCUGCUGUUCGUGGUCCUGUCGUUGUUUCGAGACACAACAACACCAUUCGUCGGCGCAACGCCAUUGGAGCACACGGAGGCUCAUACUCGAUCUACAACGCGCUUGCAGUAGCCAGCAAGAACCUCGACAUCACACAUAAGCCGGACUUCACAAACACUGAGCCUGCUGCAAAUAUUGGCCCCUUCCCACAAUGGAGCGACGGGAAGAAGAUCGUCGCGAUGGACCCAUACGGUCAUCUUGCACCGUGGCUCUACAAGGAGACCAUGGACAAGGACGAUGUCGAGAUCCGACCUACCAUUGCCAUUACCCGGGCGCAUAUGAAGGUACCUGAAUUGGAAGAGAGUGUCAGGGAAGGACGUCUUGUACCUGAUGGAAAGAUCUGCAUGAACGAGACAGGCGAAAUCGCUGUGACCAAGGUGGCUGUUGAGCCUGUAUGGUAUCUGCCUGGUGUCGCUGAGCGUUUCGGCAUCGAUGAGGGAACUCUCAGGCGAACAUUGUUUGAAGAGACCGGUGGCUCGUACCCCGAACUCAUCACCCGCCACGACAUUAAGCUCUUCCUACCUCCCAUCGGCGGCCUCACAGUUUAUAUCUUCGGCGACCCAGCGAAGAUGUCUGACCCGAACGUACGUCUGGCACUCCGUGUGCACGACGAGUGUAACGGCAGUGACGUUUUCGGAUCCGACAUCUGCACAUGCCGACCAUACCUCACAUUCGGUAUUGAAGAGGCAGUCAAGGAGGCUCAGCAGGGUGGCAGCGGUGUUGUGAUCUACUUCCGCAAGGAAGGACGCGCACUUGGUGAGGUGACCAAGUACCUUGUGUACAAUGCGCGAAAGCGCGGAGAGGACAGGGCUAGCGAGUACUUCAAACGCACGGAGAAUAUUGCAGGAGUCAAGGAUAUGCGUUUCCAGGCACUGAUGCCUGAUAUCCUCCACUGGCUUGGCAUUACUAAAAUUGACAGGAUGCUGUCGAUGUCUAAUAUGAAACACGACGCCAUCGUCGACUCAGGUAUUCCAAUCCACGAGCGUGUCCCCAUCCCCGACGAGAUGAUUCCAGCAGACAGCCGCGUCGAGAUCGACGCCAAGAUCCAAGCUGGCUACUUCACCACGGGCAACGUCAUGUCCAUGGAGGAGCUAGCGAACGUCAAGGGUCGCGGUUGGGAGGACAUCGACCACUGAGCACCCCGUAGGUUGGGGAGAAUGCAGUGUAGGGAAGCCGCAUCAUCUGAUGAUCCUGCGUCCUGGAGGUCCUCAACACGCUGCAGUGUUCUGGAACACAGCGCAGGCUGGACGCGCGUUGCUUAUCAAAUGGCCAACCCCCAGCAACCACAGUAGAGCAUAAGAGCAGAUUAGUAUGAUUCAACCCAAUCAAAGCCCUGUAGUGUAUAAUUUGAUGAUGGUUGCGCCCUCCCGUC